CCCGCGAGGGGCACGUCAGCGCUCCGACUUCCUCCCGACGCCGCCCGCGAUUGGCUACUGGGCGUAUAAGAAACAAGCCAAGGAGCCGCUGCCUCAGGCAGAAACUUGCCGGAGGUCUCUGGGUGGCGUCGCCCCUUCCCCCUGGGUGCACCGGCGGGCCUGCGGAGCCGGGGAGGAUGAGGUCGUCCUGCGUGCUGCUCGCCGCCCUGGUGGCGCUGGCCGCCUACUACGUCUACAUCCCGCUGCCGGGCGCCGUGUCCGACCCCUGGAAGCUGAUGCUGCUGGAUGCGACUUUCCGGGGCGCACAGCAAGUGAGUAACCUGAUACACUACCUGGGACUGAGCCAUCACCUGAUCGCGCUGAAUUUUAUCAUCAUUGCUUUUGGCAAGAAAAGCGCCUGGUCGUCCGCCCACGUGCAGGUGACCGACACUGACUUCGACGGGGUGGAAGUCCGCGUAUUCGAAGGCUCUCCCAAGCCGGGGGAGUCUCUGAAGCGCAGCGUCGUUUACAUCCACGGAGGAGGCUGGGCCUUGGCAAGUGCAAAAAUCAGGUAUUAUGAUGAGCUGUGUGCAGCAAUGGCCGAGGAAUUGAAUGCCGUCAUCGUCUCCAUUGAAUACAGGCUGGUUCCGCAGGUGUAUUUUCCUGAGCAGAUCCAUGACAUCGCCCGGGCCACAAAGUAUUUCCUGCAGCCAGAAGUCUUACAGAAGUACAAGGUUGACCCGGGCAGAAUCGGCAUUUCUGGUGACAGCGCUGGUGGGAAUUUGGCUGCUGCCCUGGGACAGCAGUUUAUUCAGGAUGCCAGCCUACAACACAAGCUCAAACUGCAAGCUCUGAUUUAUCCCGUCCUGCAAGCGUUAGAUUUUAACACACCCUCUUACCAGCAAAAUGUGAACACCCCGAUCCUGCCUCGCUACGUCAUGGUCAAGUACUGGGUGGACUACUUCAAGGGCAACUAUGACUUCGUGCAGGCGAUGAUCGUUAACAACCACACUUCGCUGGACGUGAAGGAGGCUGCCGCCCUGAGGGCCCGCGUGAACUGGACGUCCCUCCUGCCCGCUGCCAUUACCAAGCACUACAAGCCCGUCGUGCCCGCCACCGGCGACGCCAGGAUCAUCCAGGAGAUCCCCGAGCUGCUGGAUGCCCGGUCGUCCCCGCUCCUCGCAGACCAGGAGGUGCUGCGGCUGCUCCCGAAGACCUACAUCCUGACCUGUGAGCACGACGUCCUCAGGGAUGACGGGCUCAUGUACGCCAAGCGCCUGGAAAGCGCCGGCGUGGACGUGACCCUCGACCACUUUGAGGACGGCUUCCACGGCUGCAUGAUCUUCACCAGCUGGCCCACCAACUUCUCCGUGGGCAUCCGGACCAGGAACAGUUUCAUCAGGUGGCUGGAUCAGAAUCUGUAACGCAGGGAAUCCUGUGGAAGGCCCCAGCCCUUCUGGAUUCUGCACCUGCUUUGGCAAGACGUCUCCCUUCUCAGCGGACUCAUUCCUCCCCCACCCCCCCACCCCGGCCCGUGGUGCCCGGGGAGCUGUGGCCUCCCUGCUCCCUGCAGACUGGAGGAGAAUCUCAUUUUUUUAAAAAAUUGAACUGGAAUACCUGACAUGCGAGCAUGCUUUACCUGGCUCCCAAGGUGCGCUGGUCUUUCUGUUCCUGUUAUUUUAGCCGACUUCUGCUCAUGCCUGCAGCAGCUGCACCAAGCUGGCCGAGGAGCCAGAAGUAACCCCGGGCCCUGCCUUCCUCAAGCUGCUCUUUGCAGAAGAGAUCCUUCCAGCCGGGGGCGAGGCAACGCCCUUUCCGGAGUUCAGAGACCCUGGCUGGACUUGACUUUGGGUUCCAGCGGUGUUGGGAGUGUGCACUUUCCGAUCGGUGCUGGGGGCCAUGGGCCCUCUGGGCUUUGUGAGUGGAUGGUUUUGUUUCUGUGGGAUUCUUAGCAAAAGCUUUCCAGCAAGGACAAGUGUCUCCAAGGAUCUUCUUCCUCGUGAAUGUUCAUUCUAUGAGCUAGCUCCAGGUCCAGGUGGAUUAAAAUAAUACUUGAAAGCUACCUUCUACCACUAUGAUUCGAAAUUAUGAGAUGCAUGCACUGGAUAGCUACACAUCGUGAAGAUUUUUUUGUGUUUUCUGGUUAUGCCAUCUCCUUGGGGAAAUCUUUUGUGAGCACAUUCAUUUAGAUUGAGACUGAAUUUUCCAUUAUAGAGAAGUAGAAACACACAAAUAAAACAAUCUAAUGUUUCAUAAAAAUACUCCUGACAUAAAUUACUAUGAGCAGUAUGUAUAUAUUUGGCAUAGGCAGGAAAGAAAAUACGUUUAAUAUUAGUCUAAAAUUAUGAAAAAUACCUGUGGAAAGUCUAGUCUCUUCUGAAAAACUCAACUUUUUCACUUAUAUGGCUUUAAAAUGGGGCUAUUUUGGUAUAAUAUAAUGUAUUGUUUGUUUUUUAAGUUAUUUAAUGUUAAUAUAUCUAGCUAGAAUUAGGAUUUUGUUUUUGGAAAGACAUCUGUUAUAAAUAUUAAAAUAGUGGUAUUUUUAAAAAACUACCUUAGAGUUAUAUCCACAUGUAAUUUUAUGGAAAGAGAUAAAAAUAGCUAUUGAUAGUACUAUACAUUAGACCUAAAUAUUUUGAUAUUUAUAUAUAUGCAUAUGAAAGUUAAAGUCAUUAGAGACUAUGAUCACAUCUAGGAAACAUAUCUCAGUUUCUACAGGUUGAGCAUCCCUAACCCCAAAAUCCCAAGUCCAAAAUGCUCCAAAGUUGACUGUGCGCUGACUUAAUGCCACGAGUAGACGAUUUCUUACCAUGAGACUUUGUUUCAUCCAUUGUAUUAUUAAAUGUAUUGCAUCAAAUUACCCUCAGGCUACGUGUGUAAUGUAUAUAUGAAACAUAAAUGAAUUUCCUGUUUAGACUUGGGUCCCAUCUCCAAGAUAUCGGAUUGUGUAUAUGGAAAUAUUCCAAAGUAAGAAAAAAAAAAAAUCCCAAAUGUGACACUCCUGGUUCCAGGCAUUUCAGAUGAGGGAUGUUCAACCUGUAGUUCAAUAGCUUAGGCAGGACACACACUGCACCCUCUGCUCUUUGUCAGAGGAACCCUAGCUCAUUCUUCUGGGUGAAGGGCAAACAUUGGCACCUAGUGUCUACCCCUACCCCCCACUUGCCCCCUCCUCCUAGAACACUAUUCUUUCUGACACCAUCUAAAGGUGAACUUAUAUUGAGUUUGUCUACCUUUAUAAAAGAGAACAUCUAAUGUUUGCACGGUUCUUUAACAUGACGUGUUUGUUUUUUUAAUUUACCAGAACUCUGAGUCAAAUCCUAAAGUUAUUACAGACAACAAAUGAUUCCAGAUUUCUACAGGGCUCUCAGAUGAAAGGGAUGGAGGAAAAAAGCAGUCAAGCACUGUUUCUGAUGACAAACUUGAAUUUAGUUAUUCUUUUAGUUUUUAUUCUGGUAAAAAAUGUUUAUGCUCUGCAGAUUGAUCUUUUUUAGUACGAUAACUGUUUGCUUUUCCUAUUUUAUGAAAAAGUUGGCAAUCUUUUUGUAAUGUCAUUGCUGUCUGUGAGAUAUGAACAUUAAUAUAUGAAGAAAAACCUUGAAGUGCUGCACAACAUAGGGAACUGUAAAUUAUUCUUCCUGUUUUAUCAUUGAUUUGUGAAGAAUUUACGACUAUUGUAUAAUUAUCAUGGUGGUAUAUUUCAUGCAUGACUUUUAACCUUUGACUUCUUGCUCACCUCCCAUGAUAAAGGGGAAGGCAGAUUUUAUGAAGGAUUUUAGGAGUGACUAUAUUUUAUAAAAUGAAAAUCCAGUGUGGAGAUAGGAUAUCAGAUAUCUCUUUUGAAUCACGUUUGGAAAUAAAAUGGCUCCAUCUGGGAAUGUGUGUAUUUGCUUCCUCUUGUCU